AUGGAACUAGGAGCCCAUGCUGGAAACUCCACAACCACCAAUCCUGUCGACCUCAUCGUUGAGAUACUCUCUCUACUUCCUUCAAAAUCCAUCAUCCGAUUCCAAUCCGUGUCGAAACAGUGGUUCUCUAUCAUCCGCAGCAAAAGACUUGGUGGACACCCCACGGCAUAUAAAUACCGUUAUGUCUACCAAGGGAUAUGCAUUGGUGGUGUUAUAUACUACGGAAUCGGAGAGUCAAACAUAGUUAGGUUCGAUGUUAGGUCUGAGAAGAUGGAGUUGAUCAAAGCACCCGAAGAAUCAGACAUUUCGAUGACAUGCUACUCCACUCUAGUAAAUUACAAUGGAAGACUGGGAGGUGUAGAGUUUGGUUAUUACAAACAUGAUAUAAGAUUGUGGAUUCUUGAGGAUGUUGAGAAUCAGGAAUGGUCUAGAAAGACGUUUAAAUAUCCUCGUCAGUGGAAAGGAUUUGGGUGUCACCUAGGGUCUAACGGAGUGAUUCAUACUGGCGAGCUUAGGGUGUUUCAACGAUCGUUAAAGGAAGCUAAGCCAUUUUGCGUUUAUUAUUAUGAUUUUAACAAAGAAAGAUCAAGAAAAGUGGAGAUCCAAGGAGUGGAGACUGAUGAGCUACUAGGAUCAAGGCUUUGUUAUCCAGGUUAUGUUGAGAAUAUUAGGUUCCUCUAA